AGCUUAAGCUCUGUUUUCCCACUUGCGCAUGUUCGCUUUUUUCCUUUUUUUUAACCAACACAGAUUUGAAUGCAGGAAAUAUAAUAGACUUCCUCUUACUCAAUACCUUGUACGGGAAGCUUAAACCACGUAGAUCAGUUUAAACAGGCACAGACAGGGUGGUGAGACUAUGAGAGGAAGGUGUUCUGUCUGAGUGGAGUUCACCAUGAAGAGUUCCCUUUUAUCCCUGUGCAGGCCCACUUUACUCAUGUGGAUGGGUUUUCUUCUACGCUGUGCAGAUGCUAGCGUAAACACCGAAAUACAGACCGGGCCUCUGUAUCGUGCUGAGGGCUCCCGGCUCUCCAUCUCCUGCAAUGUGAGUGGCUUCAAGAGUGAGGAGACUCCAAAAAUAUUUGAUUUCCGUGUGACGAAGCCAUCCCGCCCUAAUGAGUUGAACAUCAUCAGCAGCGGUGACAAAGACUUUUCAUACUCCAUCUAUCUCGACCGCGUGAGGGACGGGGAUAUUUCUGUAAAGUAUGUGGAUCCAAACUCGGCCAUCUUUGAGAUAGAAAGUCUGCUCAAAGACGAUGGAGGGGAGUACGAUUGUACCGUACGAGAUACGGAACAUGGCUAUCACGGAACCUACAAUGCUAAGAUAGUCGUUUAUGUGAUUGACAACUCCCUGAGUGUUUCAUCUAGUGAUCCCACCUCGCUGAGCUAUGACGAAGGAGAUGCUCUCACUUUGACGUGUCAAGCUUCCAGCAACACCAUCCAGCACACCCAUUUGUCUGUCGCCUGGUAUCUGCGUAAAGAUGGCGAGGACGCUGCUCGACCCAUCAUUUCGUUGGACAGGUUUUUCACUCUGAUUCCAGGCCCGGGGUUUGAACAGCGCUACGUAGAAGGAGCUGUUCGUUUAGAUAAAUUAGGAGAGGCCACUUAUAUUCUAAAAAUGGCCCAGCUUGAGCUUUCAGAUCAAGGGCAGAUCUUCUGUGGGGCUGAGGAGUGGAUCCAAGAUCCAGAUCGUUCUUGGUACAUGAUGACCAGAAAGGAUGCAAAGGAAUCUACUCUAACAGUCAAAGCUAGAGAAGUGUCAGAAACCUCAAGCCUGGUGGUGAAAAUGACCUCAAAGCAGACAACUUUGCAAGAGGGGGAGGAGCUGCUACUAUCCUCCAGUAUUGACUCACAGAACCUGGAGGGAAAGUUCUUUUCUGUAGCGUGGCUCUGGAAUGGCAUUGAGCUGGUCCGAAUUGGUCCUACUGGCAUUGUUUCUGUGACGCCUGAGUACAGCGAAAGGGGGAGACAAGGGGAACUGAGAGCCACACGGACUGGGAACAGAAAUUACCAGUUCGUAAUGAAACCAGUCAAGACCAUGGACGAGGGACAGUACGUCUUUAGAGCAUGGACAGAAGAGAGAGGGGAUGAUGGUGCUUUUAAACAAGGAACAGCCCAGGACUCUGACCCAUUGUCAGUCAAAAUUUCAUCUACAGAAAGUGAGCUCUCAGUAAGAAUGCAGGAUGUCCCGCCAACAAUCACCCAAAGGGAUAGGUUGAGGCUCGUUUGUAAUGUGGGUGGGUUCAAAGGUCAGCUCUCUGUCACCUGGAAACGCAAACUCACAGCCAAACAAAUUGCCCUGUUCAACAUCAUUGUCAGUCUAAGUCAGGGCGGCGUUAUGGAGACGGCAGCAGAUUUCACAAGCCGUAACGUGAGAGUGAUGCGUCCAACAGAUGACAGCUUUGUCUUAGAGCUCGAUGACGUCAUUCCCUCUGAUUCAGGGGUUUACCGGUGUACCGUGACUGAAUGGGAACCCAGCGGAAAGUCUCACAGCCGGGAGCAAUCUGCCAACGUGACUGUAAUUCCUAUUGAUUCGUUGGUGAAAGUUUCUCUGAGAAGUCGCACCAACAUUGUGACAGUUGGAGAUAACGUGGAGCUGAUGUGCCAGGUCAAAGGGCCAAGCGUCCUAAAGCAUCUGAUUUGGACCAAGCAAAACAACAACUCCACUCUGAAUAACAUUGUGACGCUGUCUUCAGACGGUUCCGUCAGCUGGUCUGGAGACCAGCACCAUUACCAGGUCAAAGUAGACAACCAAAACAACGCAGUCAUGUACUAUUUGAAAAUAGUUGGUGCGAGUCGCAGGGAGGCGGGGAUCUAUCAGUGUAUGGUAUCUGUGUUUCUGGAGAACGCUUUCAAGAAGCUUCCGGAAUCCAACCAUCUGAGAGUGAUGGUGCAGAACCCAGUGAGCACACUAGCUCUAUCUUCCGAACCCAGCAUCUCACAAAUUAUCAACUCUGACGUCCAUAUUAACUGUAGAGUCACCUCCAAACCAUCCCAGUCCUCUCAGUAUGCCGUCACCUGGCUGCACCAACACGACGCUGCUAAUAAGACCAUUCUGAGUUCUGAUCGAAAGGCUGUUGAAACAUUGGGUUCACAAACAGAGCAAAGCUUCAGGCAGCGGGUCAUCAUGAAGCGCACAAAUGGGCCGACGUUUGAGCUGACUAUUCGGCAAGCUAGAAUCUCAGACAGAGGCUCGUAUUUUUGUGAAGUGGUGGAGUGGCUCCAAGACCCACGUGGAGAUUGGUAUCCACUCCCAGGAAAGUCUGUGAUCACGAAGUUGACCGUUAUUGAGCCCGCCAAUGAUCUUACUGUAGAAAGGAACGAGCAACAGCUGACUAUCAGCGAGGGAAAUGAAGUAGAGCUUGAAUGUAUCAUGACUUCUGGUGCACCUGCAUUUUUUUAUAAAGUCAUUUGGUUCUACGCUCCUCCCAGCUUUUUGAGCAUGAAUGCUUCUCUGGUGGAGCUUGAUCAAACUGGACUGCUGGUUUAUCCGGAAAACCAGGCGCUCCAAAGCCUUCAGGGGCGACUCCGUCUCUCCAGACCCAGUCAGAAGAACUUUUACCUCAAGAUUCAGACGGCUCAUGAAACAGACAGUGGGACCUAUUGGUGCCAGGUGGAGCAAUACCAGCUGGACAAUGAGGGCCAGUGGAAACAAAAGGCCUCAGAAAGCUCAGGCCCCGUCACGUUAGCCGUAAAUGUUGCAGAUUCAAAACUGUCCAUUGAAAAGACAGAAGAUAAGAUGAACAUAAGUGCAGCUGAGGACAUGACCAUUCCUUGUAACAUCGCCCAACAUACCAGCAGUGAAUCCCAGUUCCAGGUGACAUGGUUUUGGCAAAAAGAUGCAGAAACGGAACAACGGCCCAUUUUCACCGCCUACCGAAACUCCACUUUUAAGGGCGGUCAUGAGAACGUAAGGUUUAGUCACCCCCUGCCUCACCAGUUCACCCUGACUAUUCUAAACACUGGUCCUAAAGACAGUGGCCUGUAUUUCUGUGAGGUAGAGGAGUGGCUUCAUUCUCUGACUCAGGGUUGGAGGAGGGCUGUGGUGAAAAAGUCAGGAAACCUAAAUGUCACUGUUCUCUCGGAAGGAAGAGUUAAAUCUCUCCCUGAAUCAGAUUGCAUGUCUGGGACCUUGAUAGUGACGCUUGUAGUUGUCACUAUAAUCUUGCUGUUCAUCAUCUUGACUCUUGUUCUGGUGAUGUGCAGAAACAAGGCCUCAAAUAAGGCUGCCCCUUCUCUCUGGACUGAGCAGCACCCUCUGAGCGACAAAACGGCAGAGAUCUAAACCACAAAAGUAAACUGAGUGGUGUACAGAUGAAGGUUCUCAGUCAUCCUGGGUAUGGCGGACGCAGCAGGGUCAAACUAGGUCAACUGAACUGCCUCAGUUGAGCAGAGGUGUGAUUCUCAGAGGCUGAAAGGAGCAAAGUUCAUAAAUUGCACUGAUUUUUAAAUUAUUAAAAAACAAAUAACUAUGUUUUAGAACGUAAAGAUUGCACUAAACAAAUUUUUUGUCUAGACGGUUCUUUUUAAGGUAAAUGUUUAAAUCAAUCUAUAAAAAACUUUGAUUUUUUUAAAAUAUAUUUUUAUUUGUGCAGCCUAAACAGCACACAUUGAUUUGCAUAAUUCCCUGUAAGAGGUUCGUCAACUUCGUGUCUUUUUAAAUCCAGUUUUCAAAACAGAUUUUAGCUGCACUGUACAGGACAAGUCAAUAUUCUUAUUUGGAUGGACAAUAUGGAAGUUUAACAUGUUUAUUUAAGCAAACUGAAUUUGCGUGCAAAAGCACAAAGAGGAAGCAACGUGUGGUUUCUGCCGUCUGCUCUGCAAAUGUGCAAAGCUGCCUAAAGUCAUCACAAGGCACCCAUGCAGUAUUAAUGAAAAUCUGUCAAUGUGAAACAUUUGUUUUUCUAGUUUUGUAACUAUGAUGUUAAAUGAUGAUGAAUGUUGAGUCUUUUUUUAUUGAUGAAACUUGAAUGACACUUUUAUGUAACCAAGAAAUUAGAAAAAGAGGCUUGUUGCAACAUUUGAAGGUUGAAAUUAAAACAUUUCUUUAAAGCCACUAUUUAAUGGGUCAGAUCAAUGUAAAAAUACUCAAAUAGCCAUUAUCUAUUAAGAAACUGGUCUUCCCAAGUUUUGCCAAGCCACUAUCUUUUUUUAGUCAGGUGCAGACACCAUGAAAAGUGGAUAGCCGCCUGUAUUCUCACAGAUGCUGUUUUAUCUGCUUACAAAUAAAUGCAGGUGAGAUAUUUAAUCUCUGUUGAGUUUCUAUGAAUGUUGGAUAAACAAGUCAGAGCUAAGAACAAAAUAAGCUCCUUCCUUCCAACAUCAGCCCCAGUCAUCACUAAACAUCAUGUUUGUGUGAAAAAACUGUAAAUGAGUAAAAAAAUUAGCUGAUUCUUAUGCAGAAAACGUGCAGGACACCAAAUUAGUACAAGAAAAAAGGAGUGAAUUGACUCUGACUGCGUGAAACUUGUGGUAAAACCCACAACAUCUUUCCUGUUUUCUCUGAGAAAUGAGAGACUAAAACUGUGCUGAGAAACUUCAUGGCGGCUGUCGUCUUCUCAGCCUCAAAAAGCGGAUGUUUGGUUGUUGAAUUAGAUGAGUCCUUCACAUCCUGGUAGAUUGAAUCCCUCUUAAUGUUCCUGUAAUUCCACUUCCUCGUGUUUCCAUGGUACUUUAUGUUGCAGUAAACAAACACAGGUUGAAUUUGGAAGGCAAAUCAAUCUUGGUGGUUUGGCAGCAAAAAUACAACAUGAUGCAGCAGAGGUAAACUAGUCUAAAUACGGUUUAAACAUGAUAGUUUAGUUCUUCUGAAAUGGAGUUUUGUUAAAUGUCAUAAACAAUUCAUGUCUUUUAACAACCUCAGUUUGGAGAAACAUAUUAGGUGUAAAAUGACUGAUGUGCUAACGGCUAGGCCAAGAAGCGCCAAUACCCUUGUUCUAAAAUACGUCAGCAUAGGUCUGUGGAAAAUACUAGUAAACAUUUAGGUUGGUGGGCAGUGAAGCAAUACACAAUUAUUUGCAAAGGAGUCCGUAGGUUUUGCCAGUAGAAAUAGCCACACUAGCAGCUAGUGCUAACAUUUGAUGCAUUUUUCUGUAGGAAUUUGCUAAGACAUCGGCAUAUAAUGAAAUAACAUGGCAACAUAUAUAAAAAUAAAAGGUUAUGUGAAGGUUUAUGAAAUGAAUGCAUGCAUUUUUUGAAAAAUCAGAUGUUAUUUUAAGACGCUUCAUCUUUGACAAGUCGUUAGCUUACCAAUCCAGUCCGACUGACAGUGUAUUUGUUUAAAAUGUGGCUGUUAAAAGAGUUAGUAACAGCGUGUUAAUCAAUCAUAACCUUUGCACAAAACACUUAUUCAUAUAGCUGGGUGGGUUGGAAUGAACUUAGCCUGGAUAUGAUCCUCAGAAAUGAAAAGAAACCCCCAAACAAAGUUUCUAAUUGUUAUGAUAUUCGGAAAGAAGAAAAUUUUGAACUUACUUCCGUAGACAGCAUUGCAUUUAAAGAGUUGCCAGCAGUUGUGUCCAUCUGCAUUUUCAUUGGCCUUGACUGCCUUAACUGGUUGCACAUGUGAGGCCAAACAAAAGGCCUGUUUGGUGAGAAGUCAGAGGCAGCACCACUCGGGCUGCUGGUUUGGUGAGGUUUUAACAAAGCUGUUUAAUUAAAAUACUCUCAAAGCACCAA